AUGCUUUCUUAUGGAAAUAGUGUCACUCUUUAAAUAUGCCAUUUCAAGACUCUAUUAAAUUGUAAAAUUUAUUAAUAACAGAAAUAUCUUGAUAAUUCAAUUCUAUUUGGAAUUAAAAAAUUAGCCUUUACGGUUAAGUUUAAAAAAUAUUAUGCAUAGAAGGCUAAUUUUGGCAUUCUUCUUUUACAUCCAGAAGAUCAAAGGAAUGAGAAAGGAAGAAUUUCAAUUUUAUUUAGAUAUAAAUCUCAUGAUCUGAAGGCUUAAGUAGAAGAUAAUGUAGAAAGAAUCAAAGAGAUUUAUUAAGAUUCAUUUGAAAAAAUGAAGAAACAAUUAGAAAAAAUUAAAAGCUUGAAUAUGUAUAUAGAACCUACUGAAAUUAAAAACAAUUUCUCAAUUAAGGAUCAAAUUGAAACAUAGAAUAAUUAAUAAUAAAAAAUAAUCAACAUAAAAAAAAUGAUGUUAAAGAAGUAAAACAAGCAAAAAAUAAAGCAGUAGUAUUAGUCAGGUAAAAGAAAGCAGUUGCAAGAAAUUAUGA